UUUUUUUUUUUUGUCAAGAAUGGGAUUCGAACCCAUGCCCUUUCGGACCAGUACCUGAAACUGGCGCCUUAGACCAACUCGGCCAUCUUGACGUUAUUGAGCCUUUGUUUUGUUAACGUUAAUAAUAAAUAAGAAUAGAACUAAAUACCAUUGACUAAGUUCAACAAACCAAUAAAAAUAUGCCACGUAACUUAAAUAUUUUGGAAGAGUCAGAUGUGGCAAUGCCUUUCACUCUCCGUCCUUCCACUAAAUACCGUUGCAUUUAGUCCCGGGGCAAUUGAAAACCAAUUUCUACAAUGCUCUCUCUCUCUUCUUUUAAACACAAAUGAAUUUUCUGAUCCACCAAAAUUUCCAACCCAAAACCUCUGUUUUUCGACGCAAUUUCGUAUCCACCAUCGCCGUUGUUGAAAACCCAUCAUUUUUUCAUGACAAGCAUGAACACAACGUCUCUCUUCUCAACCCUUUUCACUUCUUCAAUGACUGGACCAAAUCAAGGAAGUGGACAAUCAAUGACACCAAAGUCAUACAUGCCCACUUCCUCAAAACCACUAACUUCAACUCCUAUAUCUACGUCGCAAAUUCUUUAGUGGACUGUUACUGUAAAUCUAAUGCCAUGGCUGAUGCACUCAGAUUGUUUGAGCAAAUUCCUAAGCCAGAUACCGUUUCUUGGAAUCUCAUGAUUUCGGGUUACAAUCAGAAUAUAUUAUUUGAGGAUACGUGGAGAACUUUUUGUAGGAUGCGUUUUUUGGGUUUUGAUCCGAAUCAGUUCACCUAUGGGAGUGUUCUUUCGGCUUGUAAAGCCAUGCAAUCUCCGUUAUGGGGAAAGCAGGUUUAUUCACUUGCACUGAAAAAUGGGUUCUUUUCAAAUGGUUAUGUCCGGGCUGGAAUGAUUGAUUUGUUUUCGAAGUAUUGCAGCUUUGAGGAUGCAUUGAGGGUGUUUUAUGAUGUGUCAUGCAACAAUGUGGUUUGUUGGAAUGCUAUAAUAUCUGGGGCUGUGAAUGAGAAGGAGAACUGGGUUGCUUUGGAUCUUUUUUCGCAGAUGUGUCAUGGGUAUUUAAUGCCAAACAGUUUUACAUUUUCUAGCAUUUUGACUGCUUGUGCUGCACUUGAAGAGCUCGAGCUGGGUAGAGGGGUUCAAGGGUGGGUCAUUAAGUGUGGUGAGGAAGAAGAUGUUUUUGUAGGGACUGCUAUUAUUGAUCUAUAUGCCAAAUGUGGGAAUAUGGGUGAGGCCGUUAAGAAAUUUUCGAGGAUGCCGAUCCGCAAUGUAGUUUCUUGGACUGCUAUCAUUUCUGGUUUUGUUAGGGAGGACGAUUAUAUUUCUGCUCUUCAAUUUUUCAAAGAAUUCAUAAAGACGAGGAAGGAUAUAAAUAACUACACCGUGACUAGUGUGCUUACUGCUUGUGCUAACCCAGUUAUGUUUAAAGAGGCAAUCCAAAUCCAUUGUUUGAUUUUUAAAAGUGGCUUCUACUGUGAUUCAGCUGUAAAGGCUUCUUUGAUCAAUAUGUACUCGAAGAUAGGAGCGAUUGAUUUAUCUGAGAUGGUGUUUAGAGAGUCAGAAGAUUCAAAGCACCUAGGUACGUGGGCUGUUAUGGUAUCAACUCUUGUCCAGAAUGAGAAUCCUGAAAGGGCAAUCAAUUUGUUUCUGAGAAUUUUUCAGGAGGGUCUGAGACCUGAUAAGUUUUGUAGCUCUAGUGUCUUAAGUAUUGUUGACUGCUUAAAUUUGGGGACACAGAUCCACUGCUACACUAUUAAAGCUGGGUUAGUCUUUGAUGUUUCUGUGGGCUGCUCUCUUUUCACAAUGUACUCAAAGUGUGGUAGUUUAGAGGAUUCGUAUGAAGUUUUUGAUCAAAUAACAGAGAAAGAUGUUGUUUCAUGGGCUUCAAUGAUUGCUGGUUUUGCAGAGCAUGGUUGUGCAGAUCGAGCCAUUCAGUUGUUUAGAGAGAUGUUGUUCGUCAAAACUAGGCCUGAUGAAAUGACCUUAACAGCUGUUCUAACUGCAUGUUCUGCCCUUCAUUUCCUGAAGACUGGUAAGGAAAUUCAUGGGUAUGCUCUUCGUGGAGGAGUUGGCAGCCAGAUACUUGCUGGUGGUGCUCUAGUGAAUAUGUAUUCAAAAUGUGGUGCCUUAGAUUUGGCAAGGAGGGUGUUUGACAUGAUGCCCCUAAAAGAUCAGGUUUCAUUCUCUUCCUUGAUUUCAGGAUACGCCCGAAGUGGGUGCCUUGAACAGGCACUUCUACUAUUCUUUGAAAUGCAAACGGCUGAUUUGGAGAUCAUCUCCUUUUACCUUUCAUCUAUUCUCGGGGCUGUUGCGCAACUAAAUAGGUUUGUCAUUGGUAAUCAAUUGCAUGCACACAGCAUGAAAGUGGGUUUAGACUCAGAAGUUUCUGUGGGCAGUUCACUGGUUAUGAUGUACUCAAAAUGUGGAAGCAUUGACGAAUGCCAUAAAGCAUUUGAACAAAUCUGGAAACCCGAUCUGAUCAGUUGGACCUCUAUGAUCGCAAGUUGUGCUCAACAUGGAAAAGGUGUAGAGGCUCUAAGAAUCUAUGAACUUAUGAAGGAAUCAGGAAUCAAACCUGAUUCAGUGACUUUUGUUGGCGUUCUAUCUGCUUGUAGCCAUAGUGGUCUGGUUGAAGAAGGCUAUUUUCAUCUGAAUUCAAUGGUCAAAGACCACGGUAUUGAGCCUGGUUACAGACACUAUGCAUGUAUGGUAGAUCUUCUUGGCCGGUCAGGAAGACUGAAAGAGGCUGAAAGGUUUAUUAACAGCAUGCCUAUCAAACCUGACCCUUUGGUAUGGGGAACUCUUCUUGCUGCUUGCAAAGUGCAUGGGGAUAUUGAGCUUGGGAGGCUAGCUGCCAAAAAGGUUAUUGAGUUGAAGCCAUGUGAUUCUGGGGCAUAUGUCUCCUUGUCAAACAUCUAUGCUGAUGUGGGCCAGUGGGAAGAGGUAAUUAAUAUCAGAAGUGUGAUGGAAGGAACUGGGACGAAGAAGGAACCAGGAUGGAGUUCUUCUGUAUGAGAUGGGGCCCUGCCUUUCUGAAUUACUUGUCAAUGUUUCCCUACAGUAGGGUGAGAUCCCAAGGUAAGUGAGGCUGAUCUGAAGGCAAACUGAAUGGUAAAUAUUCCCCACGGGUUACAACUACUUGAGGGAAGAAUCAAGAUUCAUGUUGCAAAAAGGACAUGAUAGGUGACAUUCAACAGCUUCCAAGCUCAUGGAAACCUGCCUAAUUUGCAAACAUCUAGAACACGCCAUGGACAUAACAGGAAUUUCUUUCCCUGGUUGAUACGGCAUGGACAUAGCGGGGACACGUUUAGACACUUUUGGGACACAACAGGGUAGUUUUGCAAUUUUAAAAUAUAUUAUGGGUUAAUAGAAAAAUGGUAUAAAGUUUUAGAAAAAAAGACAUGCAUUUCCAGCUCUAUGCUCCAAAUUUGUGAUUGUAUUUCUUGAUAACGUGGGUAAAAUGAUAAAAAAUCAAAAUUUUGUGUACAUAUUUAUAUAUAAUAAUAUCAUUUUAUUUUAUAUCCCUGCCAUGUCCAUUUCCCUUUUCUUUUCUUUUUUUCUUUUUUUUGAGAUUGCUGUAUAAUUAUGUCCGUGAUACGUCUGUGUCGGUAUUUGUGCUUCAAAAUAUAAUAACCACUACAAAAGUAAGAAAUAAGUAUAUGUCUUCUAUACAAUUUGAUUUCAUCCUUUUAGUUGUAUGUUCAACUGAAAUACCUUUGGAAAUUUUUGCAGUACUUCAACCUGUUUUCGGUUCACUUUAUUUGAUUUAGAAAGGUUGGAUUUGGAGAAUUACAAUUUAUUAGAAGGACAGAAAAUUUUGUAAGAUUUUUGUUUUUUUCUUUUUCCGAACGUAGUGUGUGUUUGAAAUUUUCUUUACUCCACCAUUCCUCAAUUAGAGAUGUGGAGUCAGAGAGAUCUUCAUUAUGAAGUCUACUGGUCAACAAAUUAUUUGUUUUAGAGUUAUAAACACUGCUUCUUAAAUUCCUUAUCUUAUUUUGUUUUAAUGUUUACUGGUUAGAAAUCCCAGAAGGUGAAUUGAUUUUUCAUUUUAUGCAAAAUCUCUUGCAAGCCCGUAUUCUCUUCUCAAGUGUCGGUUAAUUAGUGAUUGUUUUCUGAAGUCUUCAUUUGGUCAUAAAAUAAGUUGAAAAAUGAUAUAUAUAAGAAAUAGCAGCAACAUACAUAUUCAGUAAGAAAUAGCAGGGCAGUUGCUGUUUUUCCUUGCUAUAAUGGGUUGUCUUUUAUAUUUGCAUGGCAAUAAGAAUAGGUGUUUUUCUCUUUUGAAUUUGGAAAUUGCUAGCCUGUUAGGAACCAUAUUUGAAAAUUAUUUUAUGCUCCCCCAAAACGUAAAAAAUGACACAGAAAAUGUCUGGCAGAGUGUUCUCGAGACAUGUUUUUUAGAAGAUUUUAUGAGAAUGGCCGAUUUUCUGGGAAGACUAAAAGAUAUUUUCUGCAUUUUCAAAAUAUCAAGUACCAACAUAAAUGACCCAAGAUGGCAAUUUUCAAACUUUUCAUCAUUUUCAUUUUCAGGCAUCUAAAGAAUGAAAGAUAUCAAACAGGCCUUAGAUAGCUGUAUAUAAAACAAUACUCUAUUUACCAACUAUUUUCCUUUGAGUGGGGUUUGCAUUUGAUGGGAUCAUGUUUUAUUUAAGAAGGAAGAGAGAGAGAUUGUUAUGAAUAGAAUACUAAUUCUAUCUACUUUUUGCAGGAUUUGGUUGUUAUUGCUGUUAAGAGUUUGGAUCUUGAGAAUAGGAACUUGUACAGGAAUAAGUAGGAAAUUUAAGUUGAAAUUUAAUUAUUUACGCAGAUCCCAUAAUGACAAGGAAUUGGAUCUAUGUGAAAUUUAGUGCAUAAUAUUGUGGAGGUAAACUUUUGUUGGGGGCUUUGAGAACUGAAAAUAGCAACCCUUAUUGGCAAAGUUGCAUCGAGAAUCUCUCACUGGAAUGGGCUUAAUCUUUCAAUAACGGGAAGUGUCAAAGUGAUUAAAACAGUCUCAACUUCAUUUUAUAAUUUUGGACCUCAGUUUUUGAACUUCCCAUUAGAGAGUAAGACAGACUUUUUUGUAUGAAAAGAUCAGAAAAUUUUUAUGUGGUGUUAAAAAAAAUCUCAAGAAACUUUAUCUGCUUCGGGUUCCGGUUACUUGUCUCAAAUCUGAAGGGUGGUUUCAGGAUUAGGAAGCUGGAUGAUAUUGACAAUGCUUCAAAGUGUAUUCUGGUUUGGGGUUUUCUUACAGGUUAAGGAUCGCAUUUGGGAAGCAUGGUUUAAGAAGAAAUAAUUGGAAAUCUACUUGGGAGAUUUUUCAUUUGCAGGCUCCAUUGUUGAUCUUGGAAAUAUAUGUUGGAGUAGGAAACAACAUGGUGGAGAAUAUUUUGUUUCAGAUUGGGGAUAUUGUUUAUGGAUCCAUGGAACUAAAAAAUAUGGUCAUCUUGUCGUUCUUAACAUGCAAUUCAAACGUGAGUUCUCACAGCGGUGAACCGAAUAUUCCUGACAAUAUGCAUUUGGCAGUGGUUACUAUUUGGGAAGACAUCUAACUUUGUACAGUUGAGAGAUUUUGUUUCAAAGUAGCUUGGAAUGUUAGUUUAACACUAUCCCUUGGUGUUCACUUUGUUGGAACAUCCACAAGCUGCAGGAACAUGGUUUUCCUUUGGCAGUGAUUCGUCGUGAUUGUCCACAAGCUGCAGGAACAUGGUUUUCCUUUGGCAGUGAUUCGUCAUGAUUGUACGAAGAAUGGAGAACUAGUUGAUCAUCUAUUUACUCUGGGGGAAUUUUUAUUUUUAUUUUUUCUUUUUUUUUUUCAAAAUUCAUAGGUUGCCAUAUUCUAAUUUCUAAUGGAUCGUGCUAAAUUAUAGUCCAAUAUUCAGAGGUUUUCCUUACUAUAUAUACGAUGGGCACUUCAUUAGGCUCUCUGGCGUUGUUCCUUUUUGGAUUACAAUUCUAUAUCAGUUAUGUUUGUGUAUU